GCUCUCACAUCUGCACCUUGUUACAAGUGGAUCGCUGUGGCAGCACCUCUGGGAUUGGAAAGACGCUGCUCCUGGCGUGAUGGUGGUGGCGUGGUGGCCUCAGGGGGUGGCUGUUCUCCUGCUGACUGGACUUGCAUCUCUGAGCUGUGGGUCUGCUGCCAAUAUGUUGGACACCAUGUUACCAAGGAGUGGCUGGAAGGAAGGAUCAGAGCGACGGGUGGAGGAAACCAGCAGCACCGCCACAGUUUCAGAUCAGAACCUUCAGUGCCUCUGCUACCCCCAGUGCCCUGAAGGCUCCGUCAACAACACAUGCGUGACCGAUGGUUUCUGCUUCACCAUGGUAACGAAAGAGGAGGGGGGUCACGCUGUGCAUUCUGCAGGCUGUUUGGCUCUGGCUGGCUCCGAGUUUCAGUGCAGAGACCCAUGGAAUGCACAUUCCUGGAGAGUUCUGAAGUGUUGCACAGACGAGGACUACUGCAACAGAAACCUGCAUCCUACACUUCCUCCGCUGGUGACUUCAGAAUAUGUGGACAGCAGCAUCCAGUACAUAGCGCUCUUCAUUUCCAUCACAGUUUGCAGCAUCUUUGGUGUCAUUCUUGUCUUCUGCUACUUCAGAUAUAAGCGUCAGACAUCACAGCCACCCUAUAGUAUUGAUCUGGAGCAGGAUGACACCUACAUUCCUCCUGGGGAGUCUCUGAAGGAUCUGAUUGAGCAUUCCCGCAGCAUCGGGUCUGGGUCUGGAUCAGGCCUCCCUCUGCUGGUUCAGCGCACCAUUGCCAAGCAGAUUCAGAUGGUCAAGCAGAUCGGCAAAGGGAGAUACGGAGAAGUCUGGAUGGGCAAAUGGAGAGGGGAGAGAGUGGCUGUCAAAGUUUUCUUCACCACCGAGGAAGAGAGCUGGUUCAGAGAGACAGAAAUAUACCAGACCUUUUUGAUGAGGCACGACAAUAUACUGGGAUUCAUAGCAGCUGACAUCAAAGGAACUGGCUCCUGGACUCAGCUCUACCUAAUCACAGACUACCAUGAGAAUGGGUCCCUGUACGACUACCUCAAGUCCAACACCUUGGACGUCAAGGCCCUGCUGAAGCUGGCAUACUCGUCCAUUUCAGGCCUCUGCCACCUGCACACCGAGAUCUACGGCACGCAGGGCAAACCCGCCAUCGCACACCGAGAUCUGAAGAGCAAAAACGUCUUGGUUAAAAAGAACGGCUUCUGCUGUAUAGCAGAUCUGGGGCUCGCGGUCAAGUUUAACAGUGACACCAACGAAGUGGACAUUCCUUCAAAUCUACGAGUUGGAACAAAGCGCUAUAUGCCACCUGAAGUGUUGGAUGAGACUCUGAACAGGAGCACCUUCCAGUCCUUUAUCAUGGCUGACAUGUAUAGUUUUGGUCUAAUUCUUUGGGAAAUGACCCAGCGGUGUAUCUCUGGAGGCAUUGUAGAUGAGUACCAGCUGCCUUAUUAUGACCUGGUGCUCACUGACCCUUCUUAUGAGGACAUGAGAGAGGUUGUCUGCAUUAAAAAACUAAGGCCUCCGAUCGCUAAUCACUGGAGCAGUGAUGAGUGUCUACGACAGAUGGGAAAGCUGAUGUCGGAGUGUUGGGCUCACAACCCGGCCUGCCGCCUCACAGCCCUGCGGGUGAAGAAGACUCUGGCAAAGAUGUUAGAGACCCAAGACAUCAAACUGUGACAGAGUCUACACAGAUGGUCUCAUCACCCAGAGACUUUUCACAGCCACUGGAAUGAGCUUCAUAAUCUGGCCAGCAGAGGAGAAAACAAAGUGACUGAAUGAAAGGAGAACGAAAACUCAGGAUUAUGUCACAGCAGAGCUGCUCAUCCAGUGUUGGUGUGUUUACGUUGCACUUUCUGUGAAAGUUGAUUGUUU